UACAGCAGCCCCUCCCCUCUUUUUUGCUGACCUCGAAUAAAACCGUCAAUUUGCUGAAAUGGCAACUCAACAAGAACAGGCUGAGAGCCUUGCUUUAUUGGACAAGCUUGGGCUGGAAGAGGCUGAAAAGUUUGUCCAUCGAGUCGUCAGUGAUAUCUGUGACAAAGAUGGUCUACACUAUGAAGAGUUUGCCAAGCUCAUCUCAUUAUCGGAAUAUUCUCAAUUGAAACUGAGCCUGUGCAGUGUUCUAAAAAAUGUUAUGAGGGAGAAAAUUGAGAAAGAUAAAGUCAUCGACAAGUUGAAAGGCCUGAACCUAAACGAUGAGAUGGCUCAGGUGGUGGCUGUUUGUCUGUGGGUGAGGAGAGAGGAAAUUAGAGGACAGAUGAUCGGGAGCAGUUGUAAUAUUACACACAGUCAUCUCAACGAUUUCGAUUGGAGACUAAAGCUUGUGAUGUCCAGUGACCAGUUAGGCUCCAUCCAAGAGCCAGUAGUCAUGGUGGAUUUUGAUAUCUCCAAAGAUGGGCAGCAUACAGCCGAGAGUGUGGAGCUCUCCAAAGAAGAGCUAGAUGGAUUCGUGGCAUCACUAGAAGCAGCUAAUAAGGUUGUGUCCCAGCUACGAGCGUGAUAACUACUCUCUGUGUGUGUUUGGACAUUUAUUUAGUAGAUUUAGCACUUGUGUGUAUGCUGUACAAACUUCAAUGUUUCCACCAGUUAUUGUUUAAAUGUAAAGUAUAUAAAUAUACGAUGUCUUUCUUGUUUGACAAAAAUCAAAA